GGCCGGUCAGGACAGUCUGGGCACAUUCCUGGGUGCUGGCACUGCCAGCAACUUGGGGUCUUGCAGCCUGGGGAUCACAGCACAACAAGGGGACAUCGAAGGAGUCUCUAAGGUGAGGGUGGAGAGGAGUGCUCAGGCAUAUCCUCAGGGAUAGUGUGGUGACUGAGGCCAUAGCUUGGUGUUUGGUGAUGUGAUCCUGCCAAGGACUUGGGGACACCGAGAUCCCCAAGCCAGGGUGGCACAGCUCUGUGGAUGCCAUGUCUUUCCUUCCAGAUGGACCUCCUGGAGCAGGUAGCUGGGGAGCCACCAGGGAGGCCAUCCUACCUCCUUCCUCUUUUUCCACCCUGGGGUCGUGGCACCUGCAUUUUUUGUGCUGAGUGUGAGGGAAAGGGGACGUGGGUGAAUGGAGAGGGUGUUGGGGGUGAAGUGGGUGCCACCAGGGUGGGUGACAGCAGGUGUGGGUGCCACCAGGCUGGUUCUGGCUUCACUGACCCCCAGGUGAGCUCCUUGCUGCUGACCCUGCAGGACAAGGUCCCACCAUUCCUCCAGCUCCGGUACUGGCUGCGCUCCUGGCUGUGGCAGGUUUGGAUGGAACAGAUCAAGGCAGCACAGGACAGGCACAAACCUGUGGGGUGGCACCUGGCUGGAGGUGACAUGUGGUGGUGUCCCCAGGCAGUGGCAGGAGCGGCAAGCACAGCGGCAUUCUUCCUCUGUGAGGGGCUGCUGGGUCGGCACUUUGAUGUGGUGCCCAACGGGGCGGCUGAGCCCCAGCCUGGGGACCUCUUCCUCUUCCCACUGGCAUCGAGGGGACCUGGCUGGUGGGGUGCCCACGCUGGUGUCUAUUGCGGUGAUGGGGAGAUCAUCCACCUGGAAGGCACCUCAGGAACAUCCCCAACAGGGAUUGUGGCCAAGCACGGUAAGAGCCACCUCCUGAGGACACGAGGCCCCGCCAAGGUGCUGCGGAUGAAGGGGGGACUGGAUGCGGCUGCCCUGCAGUGGCGGAUCCGGGCAGCCAUGGACAUGGUGCUGGACUAUGAUGCUGUCACCUGUAACUGCAUCCACUUCGCCCUUGCCCUGUUGGGGCUGGGCCAGCUCACUGGGGACAUGAUGUUCCCAGCACUGCAGUGAAGAAGGUGGUGAUGCGACCUGGGGAGCACAUAGGUCUGGAGCACCCUUCCUGGGCUACCUGUGGGAUGAAGGAUACGAGAUAAAGGAUUUGGGAAUAAGAAUGUGGGGCUCCUCACCACCCAAAUGGAUGACACCCUGAUACUAACCAGAGGAAAUUAAAACUAACACUCUGAGGAGCAGAAAAAUAAAGCCGUUUGGGAUUUUCCUGUCUCCUUUUGCUUUUGGUUUCACUUGACGAAGUAGCGUCCCGCUCACCACUCGUGUCUGCACGGAGCAGAGCGCUGCGUGUGCCGGCCCCAGCACCACGCUGCCUGCCCACACCUCUGCCCACCAGCACAGCACUGUAAGGACGCUGCCAGCCCCACGCGGGGGACGGACCAGCAUCAGGAGAGCAGGGGGGACAGGAGACUUCCAGUGAGGUAAGAUGGCUGCGCUUGUGCUGACAUUUCCUUUCUCUCCUUGCAGAUGGCAAACAUAAGCAGCAGUUGUUCGGUGAGUAGAAGGGCUUUGAAUCACCGUUCUCCCCAGCUCUCCGUGUGCUGCCCCAGAGUUUUGGGGUGAUGUGGCUGCUUCUGUGUUGAAGCUGAUUCUCACCAUUCCCUCCCAAGGAGAAAGCAAGAGAGACGAGAGAUUUCCUCCUACAAGAUUUCCUUCCUAAUUAUAAGAACAUCCUUAUGGAAGUAUCAGAGAACAGCAUUGAGGCUGGGGACAUAGUGCUUUUCAACAUGCAGUCCAGCAGCAAUGCUACGCUCAGCUUCAAGCACGCGGUUGUCUACUGUGGGGACGGGGAGGUCAUCCACUUCCGGAAUAUCGGAUAUUCAAGUGCUGGGCGAAUAAGCAAGGAAGGGUUCUAGCUGAUGAGACAGCAGAGGGGGAAAGGCAAGGUUCUCAGGAAAAAGGAGGGGAUCAACCUUGAGACCUUCAAGAGAAAAGUCAGGGAGCUGAUGAACAGCACAGCCAAGUACAAUUUAUUUGAGAACAACUGCAUCAACUUUGCUCUCUAUCUGCUGGAUCUGGGGAAUUUCAGCUUUCAGUCUGUGAACAGCCAUGAAGAGGAACUUGUAAGUUUGACUGCACAGCACAACGUGAUCGUCUGAGAGGAUUCCAGAGUCUCAUUCGCCAGCACAGACCCCUGGCAGAGCUUUGUCUCCACCAUUCGUCUUUCCACAUGUCCACUUCCUUCAAAAGAUGACCAUUCUGCCAGCGUUCCUUUCCAUCUUUUUGUGCUGGAUCAUUUCACAGUUGGAGCUCAGCACCCCCUGCACAGGGGUAGAAAUACUAAUAAGCUGCUUUCUUGCUGCCUUACUGUGUUUGCCUUCUUCAAAUAAUCAAUGCAUUCAGAGUAUUUUGCAAAUAGAAUUACUUGUUAAUUAUACUGCUUAUCUGUGUAUAACAAUUCUUUUCAGCAACUUCUUGUACUGCUAAUAUCUAUAGCCAAAUAAUAGUAGCCAAGGUAAUGAUAUCUUAAGUAAUUAGAACGAAAAAUUUAAUCCUUCUUAUACUACUCAAUCUAUAUCCAAAUAGUAGCAUCCCAUGUAAUAGUAUGUCACAUAAUCGCAAUAAAAAAUAAUAUC